CGUGGUGUUUAGCCAGUUCACUUUAACAAGCACGGUGCUUAUUUGCUGACAAAUGUUGAACGAGUGGCACGCUGAUACCCUCCUGAGCACGUGCACAUUGCUUCGCGGUGACUUUUUGUUAGCAAGAAAGGAGAAACGUGACUUCCGCAUCCGUUAAGUUCGAUUUCGCGGGUCAGCCCGAAACAGCUAACGUUAAAUCGUUGUUUCUAUGGAAAUAUCUCAAACAACGAGGAUUUAAGUCACUACAGUGCGACAUCCACACAUAGGUUAAGCAUGUCCCUGCUGUCCACGGUUGAGCAAGCUAUCAAGUCAUACAAAGCGGAACAAGCCAAGAUUAAUGGCAGUAUUCAAUACUACAGAGAAAUAUUACAGACCUUAACACCACAACCAAAGAUUGACUUUGAGGAGUCGGACUCUACUGAUGCUGCUGCUACAGACACAGAUACCUCACCAGCGGAGAAAGAAGAUAUAGACUUGCUUGAGCGAGCCCUGGAAAAAGCCCUCCAGGUCCGCACCGGUGCAGCGCCUUCUAGAAAAGACUCAAACAAACAAUCUGCACCUCAGAAGGAACCAGGAACUACAGUUGUCACAUCCAAACAGGGAGCGAAGGCAUCUGCAGCUUCUAAAGGAAUUCAGACCACCACCAGAUCAAUGUCUAAAUCGGCCAUUCUUGACAGAAAAGAGCAUAAAGGGCCUGGUGCCUCAGUAUCCUCCGCACUGGCCUCAAAAUCUUCAGCUAGCUACAAUCCUGGACAGUGUAAAACCACAAUUAGCGGAAACAUAAUCCGAAACUGUCCUGGGAUUUUGCAUCACCAGACAGCGAGGAAAUCACAGCAGGCUGUCUCAGCGUCUGGCUCUCUUGAUGCAGGUCAGUUACACACUGCAGCCUUCCACUCGAAAAACAAGACCAUUAGAAGCAGCGUGUUGAGUGGCAAUGACCUUGGCAAAGCUGCAGCGAUCUCCAUGCCUUCUUCAAAUAACACAGUGCCUGCUUCACAUACAGAGGAGUCUGGAGCUCACGGUUUACCGCAGCAGAAAGGGGUGGCUUCUGAUCAAGCAGCAGAAUGGAAAUCGCUGAGGAGAAAGCAAAACAGGUUGUGGGACAAAGUUGCUGCUCUGGAGAGGAAACCUGUGCCUGGGAGGAGUCACUUCAUGGAGAGAAUGAGAGCCACGUUCCCCAAUGAUUGGCCGAGUGGCAGCCCAGACCAGACCAGGGCUCUGGUCGACAGACUGACUCACCAAGGGCACGACCUCAUCCAGCAGUGCCGUACAAAAGAGCUUCUGGCCAAACAGGCCCCAGAAGCAGCCGCAGAGCUGGGAGGUGAGACGCUUGAAAGGUUGCAAAUGACAGCAGCAGAGCUCCAGAAGUUUGCAGGCCAAGUGAAACAAGAGUGGGAAGUAUGGGAUCGAUGGAGGCCAGAGGGAGGUUGUCUUUGCCCCACUGGGGCAAAUGGUGUGUGGGGAGAUGGGAUGAUUGCACCCCUGCCCCCGACUAUAACCUACACCACAGAGGCAGAGCUCCGAGAGCUGGAGAAGCUAAGGAUGAGGGUGGCACUGCUGGAGCAGGAGAAUUACCUUGAGCAGGCUCUGUUCGAAGCUCUGUCCCCUCAGCUUUCCUCUAUAGUAGCUGGGCCUGGACGUCCCAACGUCAGUGUGCUGAGAGAUGUGUACUCUCUACUGGGUGAAGGGGGCCAGCGUUUCCCUGCCAUAGUCCUGGACUCUGAGCCAGACUGACUAUCGAGCAUGUUACACUGAUAUACCAGUUUAUAAAGCACUCUGUUCACUCCAUUUACACACCUCAAUGUAGUUAAGUACAACACUAGUUGAAUCAUACCGCUCUGAUACUGUCAAUAAAACUCAAACAUUAUUAAAUUUGCAGGACUGCUUUGGAGUGAGCAGGUGAACCUAAUAAAGUGGUAACUCAGAAUAUUAUUAUCCUCAAAAUCGAGAAUCAAAGUCAUUCUUGUGUUUGUUUUUUGUGCUGUGACUGCAUUCAGUGUCUUUUAUGAGUGAAAAAAAUCAAGGUUGUGAUCAUUUUUCUUCAUUUUGUGUUUCUGACUGUGAAGUGCUGUAGUUACAAUUGAUCAUUGUCCUAUGAAAAAUAUGUAUCUCCAAAAUCAACUUUUUAUGUGCUAAUAAAAACCUAUU